GUCCAGCCCCAAACCCAACCGAAAACUAUGGCCUUAUAAUCUAGUACACAUCAUUCUAUAACUACCACCCUUCUCAUUUCAGGUUUCAUCGUUGAUAAGAGUAGGCGAGUUGCAAGAAGAGAUCGAGUGUCAGAUUCAGUGCAAAACAAGGAAACAACUGAUCAGUUCGGUGUUGUUUCCUUUCAUCUUUCCUCGAAACAAGCAUUGCUUCCUUUCAUUGUCUCCCUUCUUCUCCUUUAUAGUCUCUCGCCAUUCUCUUGCUCAGAAGCUGCAUGCUACGCACCGAGCAGGUGACGUCCCCGAGUGGGAGGUGAAUAUCAAAAACCACCUCGCCACUAGAGAUCUUCCUGUGUUCUUCAUACUGUCGUCUUCGUAUCGUACGUUGCCUCUUCUUUUCUGUUCUGUUUCUCUGAAUCUGUCAUGGUCCUUCCGUUGAUGCUGCCUGCUAGCCUCGCGCUUCAAAUCAGUCAUUGCCGUACCGCGUCGUACGCAAGCUGUUCUUCUUCUUCACCUCCAACGAUUCAUUCUUGCUGCUGAAUUGAUCAGCCACCGACUGGUCCAAGAACGAGCUGUUGCUGUAUAUCCAUUACCCAACCGGAAGCUGCUAGCUCGAUCCCCUGCAUCAGAUUUGCCAUGCAGGACGGUGCAGGAGGAGGAGGAGGCAUCCAUAUGCUCCUGGGCAUCCUGGCCGAAGGCGAGGAGCAGGCGAGGCAGCUCGGUCAGCUGCCCGACGACCCGCGGAGCCGGGCGGAGUACGACUACAGGGGCGCGGCGCGGCGGCUGCAGUGCACGCUCGGGAAGGCGGUGUCCGUCGCCAAGGCCAUGGAAGCCGCGUCGGGGUCGUCGCGGGGCACCGACCGCUCCGACUCGCCGCGGUCGGCGGACGAGAGCUCGGGCGGGACGCCGACGGGGGCGCAGGAGCGCCGAAGCAUGUGGAAGAGAAGGAAAGGUCAACCAAGAUGGACCGCAAAAUUCCGAGUACCAGAUGCAAACUUGGAGGCCACCCCUGACGACGGGAUCAGCUGGAGGAAGUACGGCCAGAAGGACAUCCUCGGUGCCAAGUUUCCCAGGGGUUACUACCGGUGCACCUACCGCACCGCGCAGGGGUGCCCCGCCAAGAAGCAAGUGCAGCGCUCGGACUCUGACCUCACCGUGUUCAACGUCACAUACCAGGGCGUGCACACCUGCCACCAGAAGCAGCAGCGGCAGGCGACAUCUCCUCCCGCCGUGCACGACGUCAGCCAGUCGCUGGCGCAGGACCCGAGCACGCAGCUGCUCGUGGGCUUCAAGGACGUCUUGAAGGUGGAGACCAAGGCGCCGCCGCUUCACAACCACGACGGCACCAUCUUUGCGCCCUCCGCUUCAUUCUCCUUCCCCUCCGUGCCUUUCCACGCCAGCGAGGCGCCGCACAAUCCCGCGGCGGCAUUCUCGCCGUCCGGGUCGAGCUACUUCUCCGUGCCACACUGCUCCGGGAGCAGCUACGACUACGACACGGCUAUGUUUAUGUGCGGGGCGGAGUCGGAGCUCGGCGAGGUCGUCUCCGAGGCGACCGCGACACCUGCGAUCGAUCUCUCCGCUGUUGGGUUCGACUACUCGCUGUACCAUGCUGAGCUCAAUCCGCACCUGCCAUUUGCACCAUUUGGCGGCCCUUAGUGCAUCUCCAGUAGUGGAGAUAUCCAGUGCUAUAGUACCCCCGCAAGUACUGUAGCACUGGAAAUUGGUCUUCAGCGGCUCCCCUAUUUGGUGCUACAGUGUUGCGGAGAGAGUAUGUAGCUGUAAUUUUGCAGGGUACUGCUAGCAGUAUGUAGCAGUAUGUAAUACUGUAGCAGUACUGUUCA